AUGUAUGCAGAGGAACAGUUGCAGUCACUUUACAGCUGUGGGGAGUUGACUGAUACAGUCAGCAAGGGAACUGAAAUCGAUCUGUUCCCUCUAUUAGGAUGUGGAACAGGUUCCCAUCUGGUUCUUAACAUUAAGUUUGUCAGCUCAUCAAAACAUAACAGGACACAUAACUUAUCAUCUUGCAAUGCCUCAUUCAUAGCACUGGUUCCAAAGAAGAAAGUUGCAGCUGAGCUGAAGGACUAUAGACCAAUCAGUUUAAUCGGCUGGCAGCAAAAUGCAUUUAUUAAGGGCAGGCAGAUCUCUGAUGCAUCUCUUGUAGCAAAUGAAGUGCUUGACUGGAGGACAAAAAGUGGUAUUCCUAAAAUUCUUUGUAAAUUGGAUAUUGAGAAGGCGUUUGAUCAAUUGGGCUGGGGACAAGUUGGAUUCUUCUCUCCUCGGAAGGGAUUGAGGCAGGGUGACCCUCUCUCCCCAUUCCUUUUUAUCCUAGCUAUGGAAGGCCUUACCAGAAUGUUGGAUAGAGCAAAGCAAUUGCACUGGAUACAAGGUUUCCAAGUGGGAAGAGAUCCAAUGAACACCAUUAACGUCUCCCAUCUUCUUUAUGCAGAUGAAACUUUAAUUUUCUGUGAAGCCAACAAGACACAAGUCCAGAAUCUCAACAUAACCCUCCUCAUUUUUGAAGAUUUAUCGGGAUUACAUAUCAAUAUGUUGAAAAUUGUCAUAUACUCCGUCAAUGAAGUCCCAAAUUUAAAAGAACUUGCAGAGAUACUCAGUUGCAACACUGGCUCACUUCCCACCCCCUAUCUCGGCCUACCUCUUGGAGCAAAAUUCAAGUCAACAAGGAUCUGGAAUGGCAUAAUUGAAAAUUUUGAGAAGAGGCUAGCGACAUGGCAAAUGCAAUAUUUAUCCAUGUUCAGUUCUCAAGAAGCUAGACAAAAUGAGAAGAACAUUCCUAUAUGGAGGGUAACAUCCAAGUUCACAGAUUCCACCUUGUUAAGUGGAGUAGAUGUAUUCAACCAAAGGCAAUGGGGGGUUUUAGGUAAAAGAGAUCUAAAGCUUCACAACAAAAGAAUGCUUCUUAAAUGGAUUUGGAGGUAUAGACAAGGGGAAUCUGUCUGUUGGAAAGAUGUCAUCACUGCUAAGUAUGGAGCUCAGAACAAUUGGUGCACUAAGACGGUUACAUCAUCACAUGGCACUGGUCUUUGGAAGAACAUCUCUGCGAAGAAGAAUGAGUUCUUGCAAAACAUCUCUUACAAGGUUGGAAAUGGAGCAAAGGUCAAGUUCUGGAAAGGCAAUUGGCUGGAGAACAUUGUACUUAAAGAAUCAUUUCCAGCACUUGCCUCAAUUGCUUGCAAUCUGCUGAUAAUAGAGAGGGCAACAUAUGGAAUAUCACUUUCAGAAGGAACCUGCAAGAUUGGGAGUGAUGAUUUUCUGAACCUAUUAACUUUGAUUGAAGGCCACAAUAUUACAGAGUCAUGUUCAGACAAAAUUUAA